CACACGGAGACGAGACGAGUAGCGUAAAAGUCAAAACCCCCCCCGAUGCCCAAAGAAAAUAAAACCCCCGUCGAUUGCGCAGCCGGUCAGUCACUCACCUCUGCCCCACUCGGCACUCAAUCAAUGCACUCACGAGUUUCCCCCUUCUCAUGUUCUAAGCUGUAACUAUAAGCCCACGUUAUCUUCCUCCCAUCCUAUCCCAUUCAUUCCCCAGCGUUUCCCCAAUUCCCAAAAAUGGGUGGAGAAGAAGAAGGCGGAGGAGCAGGCGAGGAGUACCUGUUCAAGAUAGUGGUGAUCGGGGAUUCGGCGGUGGGCAAAUCCAACUUGCUCUCCCGCUUCGCCCGCAACGAGUUCGACGCCAACUCCAAGGCCACCAUCGGCGUCGAGUUCCAGACCCAACUCCUCGACAUCGACGGCAAGGAAAUCAAAGCCCAGAUCUGGGACACCGCCGGCCAGGAGCGCUUCCGUGCCGUCACCUCCGCCUACUACCGCGGCGCCGUCGGUGCUCUCGUCGUCUACGACAUCACCCGCAAAACCACCUUCGACAGCGUCACCCGCUGGCUCCAGGAGCUCUCCAUGCACUGCGAUACGACUGUUGGGAAGAUGCUGGUGGGGAACAAGUGCGACCUGGACGACAUACGGGAAGUGAGCAAAGAGGAAGGCAAGAGGGUGGCGGAGGAGCAGGGGCUGUUUUUCAUGGAGACUUCUGCCCUGGAUUCCACCAACGUCGAGGCGGCGUUCGAGGUGGUGAUCCGAGAGAUUUACAACAACCUCCGCCGGAAGGUUUUGAACUCCGACUCCCACAAGCCUGACUUGAAUGCUGCCAACACAGUCUCCCUCCUCAACAAUGGUGCCGCCGGUCGCAGUUCCUAUUGCUGCUCCUCUUGAGAUGAGAUGAGACCAACCCACCCUUGGCAACAAUUUCGUAUCCCCCAUUUUUCGGAAUUUCUUACUGUUUGAGGAGGACGGAGGAUUUAACUUGCUACUAGAACAGGAAUACUGUUCGUUGUUCAGCAAGGCGGCAACAUCUUACACGUUUGAAACUAAAUGCUCUAGUAUAGGCUCAAACUCUUUCUAAUGUUGGCUGGGUGGCUUGCUAGAAAGUCCCACACUUGUGGGCUGUGUACUGAAAUUCGAGUUCCAAAUUACUCUUAUGGUUGGCUACUAG